GAAUUUGGCUUUUUCAGGUGGGAACAGAAGAAGCUCUCUUAUCUUGUUUGUAAGAAGAAAGAAAGACUCGCAGUUGAGUGCAACAAUGGUAGCGGGAACUGCAACCUUCAAGCUUAACCUCUCCUCUUUUCGUUCUUCGAUGUCCACUUUCACCGCUUCCUCUUCCUCCUCUUUCUCCUUCCCCUCUCUUCUCCCAAUGCGAACCCUUUCUUCUAAACCCCCAUUUCUCAGGAUUUGCGCCUUGUCCAGCAACGACAUCAAGGUGGGUUCCAGCCUCGAAGUCGAUGGCGCUCCUUGGCGCGUCUUAGAGUUUCUUCACGUUAAGCCUGGAAAGGGCGCGGCGUUUGUGAGGACCAAACUGAAGAAUUAUAUCACGGGCAACACGGUGGAGAAGACAUUUAGAGCUGGAAGCUCGAUUGAUGAAGCAGAUGUAUUCAAGGAAACAAAGCAGUUCACAUAUAAAGAUGGUUCUCAAUUUGUCUUCAUGGACUUGAGUACAUAUGAGGAGUUUCGUCUUGGUGAAUCAGAAAUUGGAGACAGAACAAAGUGGCUAAAAGAGGGAAUGGACUGCAAUUUGCUGUUAUGGAAUGGAAAAGUUAUUGAUGUUGAACUCCCUAUCACAGUUAAGCUUACUGUUGUUGAUGUGGAUCCAGGCGUCAAGGGUGACACAGCCCAAGGUGGAACAAAGCCAGCCACUCUUGACACUGGCGCUGUUGUCAAUGUCCCACUCUUUGUAAAUGUCGGUGAUCAAAUAUUAGUUGAUUCAAGAACUGGGCAGUACAUGAGCCGUGCUUAAGAUUUCGCAUCAAAUUUUGUAGUUGAAAUCCCGAGGAUUCUCAUUUAUUUUGUUCUUUUAUUUUUUAGGAAAUAAUUUACCAUUGGAGAUGUAUUAUGUUCGUUAAUCUUAGCAAUUUGGCUGCGUUUUAUAACAUUGAAUUAAAAGUGUGUUGUAAUUUAGUUGCGAAACUGAAGAUCUCGCAGUUCUUCCGCAUGAUUGCGAUGCAUAAAAUACUUAUCGAGAAGCCAGCCAUUAUUAUUACCUUC